AUGGUGGGCGGCAACGUCCGUCCGUCACUCUUCAUUGUCACGGCUGCCGCGGCAUUGGCACCGUUGACGACGGCCCUUUUCAUAACUGCUGGAUCACCAUGCGCCAAAUACUGCGGCAACUCUCUUCAAGGAACGGCCGCAGACGAGGUGGUGUGCACAUCGGACCAGUAUGAUAUGACCAACACAGGAGUUGUAUACAAGGAGUGUAUGCAAUGCCAGAUGACGAGUGAAUACAGUCAAGGGAGCGAGACAGACGUCAAGUCAUUUUUAUAUAACCUCCGAUAUAAUCUUGCCUAUUGUUUGUGGGAUCAACCACACAAUCCCAAUCUCGACGAUAACCCUUGCAAGACUAGCAAGGCAUGUGAGCCUCUCCAGAACUCGGUCUUGUUCCAAAACAUGACCACCAGUACCGGCGCGUUCAGCUACUGUGAUAAAUGGGAUGAACAGGCUGUUGAGCCGUGCAAUCACUGUCUGGUAAAUCUGAACAAGGGAGGGAAUUAUUUGGUGAACUACAUGACUCUGUUGAACGCAUCCUGCGCCCAAAGGCCCGAGGCAGGCUCAACCAUAUCCUUCCGCGGCGACCCCUUUGCCAACCAGUUCAACAAUGUCACUAUCACCGACCCAGAGCCAAAGGGCCUCCCUCUGCCAGAUUAUGGCCCCGUGUCUUUGGGCGCGCGUGUCGGCAUAGCCUUUGGUGGUCUUGCUCUCAUCCUGGCCAUUCUGGGCUUUGGCGUUGUUUGCAACGGAAAACGACGAAGACGCCGCUUCUUGCGCGAACUGGAACGUCGCAACGCCGGUCAAGGAUGGCCUCACCCCAAGACGAGGCAUGCCGGGCACGGUGGCAGCGGCGGAGAAAUGUUCGAGACACCUGUUAGCCAGAGACCGCUCAGGGGGUGGGAUGAGAGUCCCAUCAGCGCGCACACGGAUGGCCCUGCAGCUCUGCCUCGGUACUUCAGCCCAUACUCAAGCCAGUACAACAGUCCCGUCAGCGCAACAGACGGACUCCCAGUUUCCGGUGUGCAGUGGCCGGGCGCGCACCAACGGCUAGGCCACAUUGAGGAACGAUUAUCGCCCGCUGGCUCUUCGGUAGCCAACGGGGCCUCUCCACCGCCGCCGCCCUUCUCUCAGUGGCCCAGCCCCAUCACACAGCAGAGCAUGAUGGCGCAUUUGCAAAGCCAGCACGAGCAGCAGCAACAUGAGCAGCGGCAACGGGAGAUUGCUAUUGGCAUUGCACUGGGUGGUGAAGACGCCAGUUUGCGAUCCAAGCCGUCAAACACCAACCUAGGAUACGAGAGUAGCGGGAAGGGCAAGGGGCGAGAUGAGAUGUACGAGAUGCACGAGGUGGAGAGUCCAUACAACAAUAACAACGGUGCCGUCAACGCGGGUGUCGAUGGCGCAGGAGGGUACUACCAAAUGCCGGCUCAGCCUCAGGCGCCGGUCCUGCAUCACCCGGGCUACGGAAGAGCCCAUGGAUCUAGGCCGGGCUCGAACGGGUCAAAUGGAAGUGGUCAAAGGGCGGAAACCGAUCUGGGAGUUAUGCAACAACAGUCCUUUCAACAACACCUGCAACAGAAGCAGCACGAGAAUGGAUGGACGGAGGUGGGGGUAACUAGGGGACAUGAGUCAUAA